AGUUGGCCGUGGCCGCGGCUCCACCCCCGGGGCGGGCAGCCGCUCAGCCCUGCGCCGGCGACCGCUUGCAGACGGUGGGGGACUUGAGUGGAGGUGCUGCGGAGAGCCGGGAAGAAGCAUGAUCAAGAUGAAUUGUGUCCUGCUAACCGCCUGCAUUGUUCUGCUUGCUUUCUCUAGUUCUGGUUAUGCCCUGAGGUGCUAUCACUGUGAGAACAGCCCUUCCUUGUGCAAGACCAACAGCACUUGCUUAUCAAAUGAAGAUACUUGCUUGCAGAUGAGAUUUGGUAAACUGAGAACGUCCUCCUGCUGGAAGUUGUCUCAGUGCAAUGUGAAUGAUAUUGCUGUAUUCUAUCAGUUGGAUAAUUUUGAUUACUUUUGCUGCCAGCAAGACCUGUGCAACGAGAGCACAGUUACUGGGGUUAACAAGGCAGCUUUCAGUAUCGCCUCUGUAAUGGCCAUGUUAUGGAUGCUUCUGUAGCAAUCCUGGUCCGUAUGCUGUACUUCCAAGCUGAAAUUAUACAAGAUCAUUAACUCUUCUUUCAGUUGUACUUCUUGCAUUUUCAGCUCCUAGCUGUGAGCUGAAACAAGGCCUUUUGAUUUUCAGUUCUGUUUUUUAAGGUUCCAUCUGGUAAACUGCUGUCUCCAUUCACGUGAAGGAAACCUAUAUUGUUAACAUUUUCAGGAGGUUCAGGAGUUUUGGCAUGACAUCUGCACAGGGGAAAUAACUAAUUGUGAAGUAGUGUUACUUCGUGGAGGACCUGGGCAAACCUCCGUAGGUGAUAUGGAAAUGAAGGAAUAAUGUAGGUUUUGUGAUGGAAAACUGCAAUUUCUUGUUGCCCCAUGAAUUUUAAUUAACUUUGUUUGACAUUUUGUUUCUUUUGGAUGCUACCUUUUCAUACACCAAGCGGUAGGUUUACCCUCAACGCAGAAAGUGUUGAAUCAUAACUAAAAACUUGCCGCAGUAUUCAUGAUGAAUGCUGAAGUUUUUGUUUUUAGGUGAUGCAGCCUCUUUGUUCCUAUCACUGUAACAUUUUUUUUUUUCAUUUUUACAAACCAAUAAUGUAAUGGUCAGUGCCAUUAUUUUGGAAGAAAGCAUCUAGGUUUGUUAAAAUAAAACCAAAAUAUUGCUAUUAGUGAGGAACACACCUCCUCUUUUUAUAUUUCUGUGGGCAUGCAGACUACAUAUGCUAGCUUCUUUUCUAGGCUUUAAUUUUACAGUUUAGUUUUGCUUAUAUUUUUUCUCCAAGUCUAGGAUUUAAGCUAAGCACGUGCUUUGCACUAAAUAUUUCUUGAUAUACUGAAAACUGUUUAUAAAAUGGUAAGGAAUUAAAAUGGCACAUCUAGUUUACUUUCCCGUGUAAUCAGCUUUUAUUUUUAUUGAAGCACAUGGACAGGUAAACUUAAUCCUUUAGGUUUCCAUAAAAGUAUUAAACAAAAAUUUGCAGAACUUUAUAUUUUGACCUUUAUGUGACUGUAUACAUGCCAGUCAAAAUACACAUGCAUUUAUUUAGCAUGAAGAACAACGCUCAGUCUGUAUGUGUAUGACUUCUAGAGCUUGAAUACUGCACAUUGUUCUGACUCAGUGGUGGAGACAGACCUUUGAUGCUUCCCCUGGUCUUAGGGAGCCUCUCAGUUAAGUACGAUGCCAAAUUUUCCUUUGACAACUUUGGAACUCUUAGCAUGUUCUCACAAGAGUAACGGUCCAUAGCCAAUGGCAUAUUCUCUUUUGAGGACCCUAGCUCGUGCUGUCCAGGGUGUCAGUGACACCAGCUCACUCCGUCAUAACAAAGGCAAGGGACUGCACUAUGUUACUCCAAACCAUUAUGUACUCUGCAAUGCACCUUUUGGCUAAACUUACCUUAGCUAAGAAAGCAUCCUGGGAUCUCUCUGGUCACUCAAAAUAUGAAAGCUAUGCUGUCUUUGAUUAAUAAAAAUGUGAAAAAGAAAA